AUGUUCAACUUCACACGGAAUGUCGAAGACGUUUACGGUGCACCGGACACGCUGAUCUCCUCAGCAUGCCCACGGAUUCCAGUCGCGAACUUCUCGUCGUUCCCAGUCAAGAUCGGAAAGGGGCAAUUACUAGGAAUUGCGCGCGCACCAGAGCAAUGGCUGGAUCACAAGGGUAGUUUCUCCGUGGAGGAGAUAGAUCGCAUGACUGCACACGCCAACCUAGUACGACAUCUUGUCAGUCAACAACUUCACGACAAAGGGGUCGGACUUACUCGAGCAGAACCCGAAGGCGACCUAACAACCGCACGAGCUAGCAAGGACGUGGGAGAGGAUCCACUCGCAGAGGAACCUCUGGAAGGCGGACCAAAGACUUCCGAACCACCACCGGACGAUGUAGCGCUGGAAGAAUUUCUGUCGAACCUAGACAUCUCGAGCGAAGUCAGAGGGGAGGAUAGACAACGUCUCGUGGAAGUACUCACCAAGAACCGAGCUGCCUUCGCCCUCGACGGACGGUUAGGGGAGGCGAAGAACACGGAAUGUACAAUCCCACUACGAGCGAACGCCAAAGAAGUCUCAUUGCCACCAUUCCCUGCAUCCCCAGCGAAACGCGAAGUGAUC